AUGUUCACUGGCCUCGUCGAAACCAUCGGGACGGUGACGUCCCUCGAGCCUCUCGACACCAGCACAAGCGGGGGCGGGGGAACGUCGCUCACCAUCGGCGACUGCGCGGAGAUUCUUGGAGAUGCGCACUUGGGAGACAGUAUCAGCGUCAAUGGGACAUGCCUGACCGUUACCGCAUUCGACAAGGAUUGGUUCAAAGUGGGCGUUGCCCCCGAAACUCUUCGUCGCACCAAUCUCGGAUCUCUACAGAAAGACUCCAAGGUCAACCUUGAACGCGCCGUGUCGUCUGAGACGCGCAUGGGCGGUCAUUUCGUCCAGGGCCAUGUGGACACAGUCGCCACGGUGCUCUCCGUCACCCCGGAUGGGAACGCGCUCACGUUCCGGCUGCAGCCGAGGGAUAGGAGUAUCCUGAGAUAUGUCGUUGAGAAGGGCUUUAUAACGCUGGAUGGGGCCAGUCUGACAAUCACCAAAGUCGUCGAUGGCGAGGAUGGAUAUUGGGAAGUCAUGCUCAUUGCUUACACGCAGGAAAAGGUUGUCACGGCCGCGAAGAAGCCCGGCGACGACGUCAACGUCGAAAUUGACAUGGUUGGAAAGUACGUGGAAAAGAGCGUGCAAGCAUAUUUCAACCAAGGCAUCGGAGGCGACUUUGCUAUACUGGAGAAGAUUGUGGGCAGAAUUGUGGAUGAAAAACUCCAGCAGUCCAAGUGUUGA